AUGACCGCAACUGAUCUGAGGGAGGAGCUAAGCUGUUCCAUAUGUCUGGAAAGGUACAUGGACCCAGUAUCCCUGCAAUGUGGUCAUAACUUCUGCCAGCAUUGUAUCAAGUCUGCACUGGAUGCCCAGGAACAGUCUGGUAUCUACACCUGUCCAGAGUGCAGGGCAGAGUAUCCAGACCGCCCUCAGCCGGAGAAGAACAGAAAGCUCUGUAACAUAGUAGAAUGUUACCUAAUGGCCCAUCUGGAGGAAGACCCAGAGGAGACCAAGAUCUUGUGCACCUACUGUGAUUUUGUAGAACCGGCUGUUAAGAUGUGCCUUCAGUGUGAGACAUAUUUUUGCAGUAGGCACUUAAACCACCAUAACAACUCGGUUAACCACUUCUUACUCGACCCUACAACUUCUCUUGAAAACAUACAGUGUCCCACCCACAAUAAGAUGCUGAAGUAUUAUUGUUUUCAGGACGAAUCUUGUGUCUGUGUGUCAUGCUUUGCUACAGGGGAUCAUCGGGGACACGUGGUACAGCCAAUCUAUGAAGUCUCUGAGGUGAAAACAAAGGAAAUCAGGCAUGUUUUGGAAACUCUAACGUCGGGGAAAUCAGAAAUGGAAAAGGGUCUCCAAACGACGAGGUACCACCUGGAAAAAGUGCAGAAGAAUGCAGACUCCAUCACCCAGAGGGUCAAUGGAUUCUUUGAGGACAUCCAAGAACAACUGAACAGUCUGAAGAAGAGAAUUUUGGGUGAGCUCAACAGGCAGACCGAAGAGGCAAGAUCGCAAGUGUCUGAUCUCAUCAAACAGAUGGAAGUGAAAUCAGAUAAGAUGACUCGGAGAAUUAACCAUAUUCAGGACAUCUGCAACAACCAAGAUCCCUUUUACAUCCUACAGGGACACAAAUUGGCAAGGGAUGUUUUUGAAACUGUGUCAGGAGCGGACAAAACAAGCCACCUCAUUGACCUAAAUGAAGGUUUGGUCUCGAAUAUCUUACACACUGGUCUGGUCGAUAUUCUGACCUCCGUAAAGAAAUAUGUCUAUGUAGGUAAUGUGUCAACACUCCUAAUGGACGCCAGCACAGCUCACAACAAGAUGGAGCUAUCCGCGGACUUAAAAACUGUGGCUGACUCUGAUACCAACCAUGGCCGGCCAGGGUCACCGCUGAGAUUUGUGGUCUACAACCAGGUGUUGAGUGUAAAUGCCUAUACAGAGGGACAGCACUACUGGGAAGUAGAGACUAGCAAAACCGGUAUAUGGGACAUUGGCUUGGCCUAUCCCAGCAUCGAGCGAGAUGGGAAGCCGUCCGGUAUUGGCGAUAAUGAUAAGUCAUGGUGCCUGCGGAAAUACACCAAAAAGUACAUGGCCGCCCACAACUCGAAAGCCCAGUCAUUGCUUCAUGAACAGUGCUCCCAAGUGAUCGGAAUGUAUCUGGAUUACGAGGCUGGUAGGCUGUCUUUUUAUGAGCUCCUCCACCCAUCCAGAUGCUUGUACAGACACAUAUACACCUUUACUGCCACGUUCACCGAACCGAUGCAUGCCGCGGUGUAUGUAGACGAUGGAGGCUGGGUCACAUUCAAGCACAAAUAA